AUGGAACACUCCUGCUUGAUUUAUUUCAGGGAAAAAGACGUAAAUAUCGCACAUUUGCGAGAUCCCCAGCAUGACAACGAACGUGUUCAAAAAGAUGAAUGGUCGGUUGUAAUGGGAGUUUGCACACACCUUGGAUGUGUGCCAAUACUCUUUACGUACAACGCAAUUCAAUCUUAUGGUUCAGCGGGUGCUGGUGAUUACGGAGGUUACUUCUGCCCAUGUCAUGGAGCCCAUUUUGAUACUUCCGGUCGCAUAAGGAAG